AUGGUCCAGAAGCUUGGCGGUGGUGUGGAAGACACUCGCGGGUUCGACUCCGUAGCUGAAGCAUGCUGUGAAGACAUCAUCAUCAUGACAGAGACGCCGUCGGAGCUUGCCCUCUACGAGGCAGGCAAGAAGUGCCGGGACGCACACUUCAACAACAUUGUUUGGUCUUACGAGCAGCCCGUCUCCUAG